CGGGGUUUAGGAACGGGGCUCGGUCCCGUCGCGGUGCCGCCGCCGCCUUCCGCGUCCCGGGGCCGAUCGGAGCCGGGCCGGGCCGUGCCGAGCCGGGCCAUGGGGCAGAUCGAGUGGGCGAUGUGGGCCAACGAGCAGGCGCUGGCGGCCGGGCUCAUCAUGCUGACCGGCGGCAUCGUGGCGGUGGCGGGGCAGUUCAAGGGCUGGUACUUCGCCGUGUACGCCAUGUAUCCUUGGGGGGGGUCAGCGGGGAGACCCCUGCCCCAAUUCGGGACCCGGGAGGGGGACACACACCUGCCCUGCCCCCACGGCCAGAAGUACAUGACGGCGGUGGUGAAGGUGUUCGGGCCCCUCACGAGGAAUUACUACGUCCGAGCCGUCCUGCACGCUGCGCUCGCCGUCCCCGCCGGCUUCCUCCUCUCCACCAUCCUUGGCACCGUCUGCCUGGGCAUCGCGAGCGGCAUCUACCUGCUGGCGGCGGUGCGCGGCGAGGAGUGGAGACCCAUCGAGCAGAAGCCCCGGGAGCGGCCGCACAUGGGGGACACCAUCAAGCAGCCCCCCAGCAACCCCCCGCCCCGGCCCCCCACCGACGCACGCAGGAAGCAGCCGGUGGAAGAGGGGGGCCAGGUGAACCCCAUCCCCGUGGAGGCCGAGUAACGCCCGGGGGGGGGGCUUCUACUGCUUGUGGCCCCCUUUCCACCUAUACCCGCUUCCCUGCUGCACCCCGGGGGCAACGGGGUGCCUGGGGGUCCCCAAAUCUCCGGGGGAUGCUCAGGUCCCCGUGCCCCCCCCCCCCGGGGCUCUCCAAAUCCCCAUGGAAGCCCCAGCUUCCCCCCCCCAGCCACGCAGCCCCACGGGGCCACCCACAGCUCACGCAGCUCCGCUCGCUGCACCGGCUCCUGCCUUGGUUUCGUUUUUCAUGUUUUUCUGAUGGCUUUUUGCAAUAAAAGGACCGAAAGGCCCCCAGA